AUGGGUGGUCCAGUUGGCGUCACAGUCCCCAACGAGCAAAGAGUUCAGCCGCCCAGCGGUCGUUAUUUCAUGGUUCUUGUUCCCGAAGAAGGCGUGCUUUUGGCUGCGGAUGACGACGAAGUACAGCAAGAUCCUAAACUUGUGAUGACUGCCCUGCUUUGCCACAGACUUUACGGCAGGUACUUUGGCACGAAUGUUCCGAAAGUUGUAUACGUGAGUGGCAUACAGCUCGUCUUACUUCUGAUUUGCAUAUUUUAGAACUUUUUCUCUUCUCGAUCUGAUCAGUGGAAGACGUACGCUAAUCGGCGGGGAUGGGUACGUGAAGCAACUGUUAACUUUACUUUUCGUUUGUUUAGAGGGCAUUCAAACCAUCAAAUCAACGAGUUUCUCAACUUCUUGCUAACAGCAUAGCUCAGGAGUACGAAGGUUUGGCACGAAUGGGACGAGAAAGAAAGUGUAUGGUAUGUAUGUCGCACUUUGCUCAACUGUAGCGGGUUCUGGAAUCUAUUUUUGCUUUCAGUUUGCCCUCGAACACAUUGGUUUGCACCUGACAAUGAUCGUCAGUCUCGAGGACUUUUUCGACACUCUUAUCGAAUAA